UUCCGGAGAAGCGAGCUCUUCAGAGGUCCUAUGGCUAAAAUCUUGUGCUAGAUUCUUCACCACCCACAGCCAAUCACGUCUGCUUCAUGAGAAACAAGAUUUGGCAACACGCAGAGAUGUGUGUGAUUCCCUGUUUCUUCGAGCUGUUUGCUUUUUGAGAGGAAUGGCCUGUCAUGAAGAAAUGCGUGACACUACACUUUAUCGAGAAGUGUACUCCCGAGUUCGCAAUGCCAUGGGAUCGGCGCUUCUGUCGAGUCCGCUAACUCUAGAGCAAACCUACGGGAUACUGCUGAUGACGGAUGGCAUGGUGGAACCGGCAACAGUAAACAAGACACCCCUCAGAACAAUGGAUACCUUUAACUCAGAUUGCCAGGAGAAGAAUGAGUCGGAAUAUAUUGACAGCUGGCUACUAACUGGGUUCUGCGCACAACAAGCGAUCCUUGCUAUCCACUUUUCGAAGAUUGUUUCCAAUAUCAGUCAAGAUGAAGCCACAUCCGUGGACCAUAGGGCCAUUCGGCUCUGGUCUAUCAUAUGCUUGCAGCACCUUCAUUGGGCUACUGCGACUGGGAAACCGUCAGUCAUCGAUGAUGUGUACCUGAAUCAAUGCAACAAUCUUGUGAGCUUUUACAACGCUUCGUUACAAGAUAGUAUGUUGCUUGCAGAAAUCCAGCUAUACUCGGUUCUGGUCCAGGCUCUCCGACGGUGCUCGUCCAGUAACAAUGCCGUUGAGGCUGAACAAUUUGCGUCUUGGAGAAAAAAAUGGAGCCAUCUUUUAUCAAUGCCUACAGCAUCAAAUCUCAAGUUAGGGUAUUUCAUUGCUUGUCUCACUCUCGUGCGGCAGCAACUCGAAGCCAUCGGAGAAAAUCUUCAGUCUCGAACCUUUAUGGGCGACAGCAUUCUUGGUGACACCCGUCCGAGCACAACUCACCCGGAUGGAGCAGUGGAUACAACCGAAGACCUGAAGCGUGACCUCAGGAAAAGUUGCUCCGAGCUUGCAGAAAACAUCCUCCGCCUCUUCUUGGAGUUGCGGCCCAUCUCGAGAAGAUCCAUGACGACAGACAUCCAUCUUUGUGUGGCUUAUUGUGUUCUGAUCGUCGCACAUUACGAUGAGUCUCAAUCAGGCCUUUCCGAUGAACACCGCUUGGAUUUGGUUCUGCGCAUCGACGAUUACUAUCGCAAGUUUCGAGAAUUUUCGAGGAUAACCAAAUUCCCAAAGCUUGCGCAGCGGCGACUACAAAUUCGCAUGAAAAAGGGGCAUAAUACUAAUCAUGAAGACAUUACAGAAAACUCCCAGUUGAACUUCACCAAACCUACAGCACCUAUACAGGAGCCGGUGGGUAUCGAGAAUGAACUAGCAGCGGAUUGCCCCAUAAGCCCAGGUGACUUGGUCUCACCGUUUGAGAUCCCGAGUAUGCAAGACUUCUUUGGAGGAGCAUUUCUUGAUUUCCUGCAACCAUCUUUUGGGGAGCAGUUUUAACUUCGGCACCAUCGGCGGGACAGGUCCGGUUCAAGUACCGACUAGAUUUUCACAUCUAAUCACCUAUUCAACAUCAUUAACAGUAUCAGUCGGAGUUUACAUAGAGACGGAAAACAUGGUCGGAUU